UUGAAGUCAGUAAGACCUCAAGUGAAUACCUUCAAUCACCAUGCUGUACUUUGUGGUUGUCCUGUCCCUCAUGUCUAUGGUCGCCCUCGGCGAGGGUUCUAAACCCUCCAUCCAAUUGCCGGCUAUCGUCGUCAACGUGGCUAAGGAGGCGGCCUCUACCUGCUUGACAGAAACCGGAGCCAGUCAAGAGGUGUCCGAUAAUUUCUUUAAACUCAAAUUUGGCACUGAUCCCGACAGCAAGAGCUUCCUGUACUGUGUGGCGCGCAAGACCAACUACGCCGAUGAAGAUGGACACCUGAACGAAGCUCUCCUCACUUUGUUCGAAGGCAGCGAACACAAGGACGGGGUCGCUAAGGUCAUGGAAACUUGCAACAAAAACCAAGAAUCAAAUAAGAUUGACACAAUGCAUAAAACUGUCGAAUGCUUCUACAAGAACACCCCCGUUCACUUGGCUGUUUAAUUUUUGUUAGAAAAAUAUUCUACUCUGUUUUCUUUUCUUACAUUAUAUAGUUCCGGA